CAUCCCAAAAUUAAGUAGAGCUAUUGCAAUUUGCAUUUCACUACGUUUUGUGCUGUUUGCACAUUUCUUCAUUUCAUUCUUGAGUUUGACCAUUUUUACAUUUUAAAAUCUUAAACAAACACGAUAAUAUUUACGACAAAGGCUAUAACGGGUGAAUUAGGUUCGCUUUGAGGUAAGAAUUGGUUUUGCGUGCCUCAAUUUGGGCUGUGGCCGUAGACCGUAGGAAAGCAAAGAGUAUACAGUGAAAGCGGACAGUGACGAUAACUUUAAAGACUUUGGCGUUCUGGGUGUAAAAUACUGCUUUUUGAAAAGCUAACUGAUGGAAUUGGAUGCAAAAGAUAAGCUGCGGCGCUUCUGCUAUCUUGGCAGGUUUGAACCCGUAUAUAUACAUCUGCGAGGCUCGAUCAAUGUUGGGCAGUACUGGCCGCAAUUAGAGGUUCUCUGCAAAACACUGGAUGACGUAGCAAUGCUUCUAAUUUUGCGGCAAGCCCUACAGGAAACUACACUCGUGCGACGAGAUGAGCCGCUUCUCGUAUAUGCAGCUUAUUUAGCUAGUGAUGUUGACAUAAAAUGGAAAACAUCAGUGCGUAAAGCCUUUCCGGCGUUAAUACUAAAUGAUGAAGACCUUUUCAUGUUUUGCAAAUAUGCUAUGCUCAUCCAGCGUGAAUUGAAACAUAAAGGCUUCACAAAUACGACACGGAAAGCUAUUACUGCUUGGUAUGAAGAUCAAUCACCUGAAGAGUUACGUCAAAUGUGGCUAACGCAUCGUGGUGCACAUGGGUUUACGCACAAAGCGCUUAUUAAGUUAUGUCAUAUUAACGACGAAACCAUCGGUGCUGUGGGUACUGUUACACCAUUCUUCAAAACAUGUACUGAAUUACUUAAAUCGUCUGAAUCAAGUGAGGAAGCCACGACUAUUCAAAAUCACACAGACGCUAAGCCACAAGUGGACGAAAAAGAGCAAAGUGCAAAGACAGCCACCACAGAUGUAGAAAAAACACAAAGUAACACGGAAUUGUCACCGUCCGUCAUCUUGUCCGUCAGCAAGCUGCGUACAACCAAGAAUAAGACAGAGGCAUUGAAAAUUAUACGCAAAUUCAAAUUACGUUACCAUCAAGUGCCCAAUCAUUUACUGCGUUUCGGUCCUAUUAUGGAGGCGUUAAUACCGACUAUGUCGUAUUUGCAGCUGUUGAAGAGUUGGCGCAAUUUGGCACGUUAUCAUUUUGAUAAUCCAAAAAUAAUGAAAUUGUGCCAGACACUAUUCGAAAAUAAGAAACUAUUGCGCAAGGACAAUAUUCAUCCGAUUGUGUUCCUGAUGCAAAUGCGUGACUUGGGUAUGCGAGAUGACAUAGCAAAAUUGGCACCCAAACGAGUUGAGGCGCUGAAAAUGCCGUUAUUCAAGCAGCUUUACCAGCAGUCAUUUGGCAACAAUCAAAGCACAGGCUUGCGUAUGCACAUCACAAUAAAUAUACAAAAAAAUUACAGGAAAAAAAAUUUAAAAAAUCACAAAAAAUUGGGAUUUCUCGAAGCUGCAAUAGCUUUGGCUUUCGGUUACUUUAAAAGAGAGAAGGAAGUCGAUGUAUUCUACUGGAUCGAUGAUAAGCUUGCUUUGGGUCAGAUGCCCUGGGAGGCUGGUAUAACUGUAGAGGAUGCGAUUGACUAUUGUGAUUUGUUGGAUAUUACAAAAACCAGUCAACGCCUCAUAACGCCCGUUUUGCGUGCUAUGGAACGUAAGCAAGUGUAUGACGUAUUUCUCGUUAUUGUACCAACAGCUGGGCGCGGUAAUCCAAAAAACAGUUCCGACUUUCUGUGCAAAUUUGUAGACAAAUAUCGCGAAAAGAAGAACCCGAAAGCAAAGUUCGUUAUAUUGGACUUGUUGAAAUUUCGCAAGUCGAUGCGUUAUUCAGAAACGCGUAACGAAAACGUGCUUGAAAUUUGUGGUUUAGACGAGCACACUACAAAUUUGAUAAAUAAUUUCGCUUUGAAUCGUUUCGGUUAAAGCCAAGCGCCAAACUUAUUUUCAACAGCAGAGCGCAACAAAUUGGAAACGGUAUUCGCGUUAGGUAUAGUGAAAAAAUUGUGUGCUUGAAGUGUAUUAAACAUACUUUUUUCGCUUUCUGUUUAGCGGUAAGCGUAAUAAAUGAUUUCACUCGAUAAAUUGGGUGGUAGUGAACGUGAUUUGAAUAUAAAUAUACACACAAAAGUUGAAUUACGAGUGCGUUAUAAUUAAUCCAGUUGCUUAGUGCAAACAUAAUACUUACUUACACUAACGAUACAUUUAAAUGUUCUACUUACAUGCAAUACGCCAUGUAUAACUAAUUACGUAAUAAAUAUCAUAGCUUGUAGUACGCAUAAAUAUGAAAGAUAAUUGUAGUGAAGUUUCUUUCUUUCUACUAGUAUUUAGAGUAAGUGUUCUUAUUUGUUCAUGUAUAAAUUUGCAUACUAAUUUUUCUGUUUACUUCAUUUUUAAUUGAUGCUGUUAAUUUUCUUGCUACAAACACACACAUACCACCUCUCUGCGAUAACAUUAUAAAGCGUUACGCUUUUUUUUAUUAUUAUUAGCAUUAAUUACAAAGUAAUGAAAAUGUAUGCUUGUCUCAAUUGUUUAAAUCAAUUUCUGUUAAAUAAUACUAGUUAAUGUGCAACCGUUCAAAACGUGCUUUAAAGUAAUAAUGUUUAAAAUAAAACCAAACGAGCAAACAAAAGAAAAGAAACCAUGCAAUUGAAAAUUUUGAACACAAUACCAUUGAAUGGAUACAAUCAAUCAAAAUUGAACGAAAUCAUAGACGUAACGUACCAAUAUGGAUGCUAAACUGAAAUGCCUUAAACUGCAAAAUCGCAAACAAUUCGAAAUGCAAACUACCAAUUAAGUUAAACCUAAUUAAACUAAAUUAUUGUAAAUUUAAUUAUACUUUGUAUGAAAUGAGGAGCAUUAUGCUAAUGGUAUUUUAAUCCAAGCGUGUAUUAUUGGCACACAUGCGCGCAAGACACAUAAUCAGAAAUACAUACAUAAAAUGUAUGUACUAUAUAUAUUUACAAAUAUAUGUUUGUAUGAAAUUUAAAUGUUUAACGGAAACAAAUACGCGUAAAAGCUGAUAUUGAAACUGAACUGAUUCGAAAUAGUAAAUAGUAAAAUGAACUGAGAAACUCGAAAUUUGUUUAAUAUUUGCAAGUAAUUAAAUAUCACGAUAAAAUUUUUUAUUAUCGCAUAAAAUUUUAUUCAUGCUAACAUAAUAUCAUCACACUUAAAAACACACAACACACUUUAAAGAACAUAAAAAAUUCGCGACACAGAAUCAACGGCAUGGAAAAUAUGAAUUAUAAGAAAUUUCCUUUGGAACUCAUUUGUAAUUAAGUUUUUUUUGUUUUGUUUUUCUAUUUACUUUAGCCUUAAUGUAAAUUGUAAACAACUUUAUGUUGAAUUCCAAUUUAUUACAUUUAAACAAAAGAUAGAAAAAGUGAAGAAUCUCAUCUAUUUAUGUUAAACUUGAAUAUAUAAGAAAUUUGAAAUGAAGAAAUACAAAUUUAUAUCAGAAACAAUGCUGCCAAAUUCCAAUUGUAACCUGCAAUAUAUAGACCAGACACACAGACUACACAGCCACACACUGCAAGUGCAUUGGAAAGUUAGUACUCUGUAUUAGUCGAAAGCAUUUUCGUAACGUACGCAACUGCAACUGGAGGAACAAUAAACUAAAUAAAUUUAAUUAUCUGAUAAAAUAGUGAAAUUUUUGUAUUGACAAGCAACUGAAUCUUUGACUGCCUUUAAACAAAAACUGGUAUAUAGCAACAUAAUAGGAAAUAUAUAGAAACAGUUAUUCGAUAAAUCAAAUAGUACAUGCAUAAGCGAAAUUUUUUGGAGGUAACGUGCCAUUUGAGAAAUAAAAAUUGCCGAACAAAAUUUGCAUAUAAAAAUCAGACUAUAUAGUAAUAACAAAACGAUUAAAUACUGUUCGACUAAAAUAAGCAAAACGCUAAGUUGUAUUGUUGUAAAUUAAUUAGUAAAAAAACAACAAAGAACAAUAAAACUGAAGUAAUAUUAAUAUUUCAACCUAACCUAUAAUUUAUUAUAACUAACAAACAGUUGCUAUCGAGCUAGUUAUUUGAAGAAAAUGGUAUUGCUAAUUAUAGUUAAAAAUUAUAAACACCACAUAUAUUUAUAUGUAUGUAUAUGACUUUAGUUAUUACUGAUUUAAGUAAACUUAGAAAUUUGCAAAAUUUCCAAAAAACAAAACACUCAUCUGUGAAACAAACCGUUGUGAUCGCUAAGAAAUUUAAAGCAAAAAUUAAACGUUUAACGAAUGAUAUAGCAGUAAAUUUAAAAGUAUUAAAACGAAACUAAAUAGAAUUUAAACCAAAACGAACGAGCAAAACAUAAACAAAACCGAAAUAAAUAGCUGGCAAGCAAAGACAAGGCAAACUUGUGUUACCGAAUCGAAUGAAUUUGCAAUAACAAUAAUAUAAGAAAUUACAUGGAAAUAAAACAAUUGAAAGCAAAAAUAUUCAACAUUAGGCAAAAGUGUUAACAAAUCAAGCGCAACCGAAAAGUACCUUUAAAAAAUCCGAUAGAUCCUCAAAAUUUACGCAAAACACAUAAACGAAAGAAAAAUAAAGACAACAAUAAACAAGUGAAAUAGCAGUUUAAAAAACUAAAAACAAAUUUAAAAAAUCGUAUUUCGCUUUCAUUUACCACUAAAUUACAUACGAAAACAAAUAA